UGUGUUAGUGGAGAAAAAAGAAGAACAAACUGAAAAGUUAGAGAAAAACCCCAACUCAGAAAAACCAUCGCAGAGAUUUGGAGAGAAACUAGAAUCAGUGAUUCGAAUCAGUUGAUGGCGAGCUCGAAUUAUCGGUCGGAUAAAUUCGCCUUGACUCCGAGGAGCGCCGCGACCGGUUUGCUGUCCUCCCCGAAUUCCGGUUCGGCUAGGGUUUUGAAAACCCCUUUGAGCGAUGAAGCCAUAUGGAAACGCCUCAAAGAAGCAGGCUUCGAUGAAGAGUCCAUCAAACGCAGAGACAAGUCCGCACUUAUAGCCUAUAUUGCUAAAGUAGAAGCUGAGUUAUAUGAGCACCAGCAUCACAUGGGUCUUCUUAUCUUGGAAAGAAAGGAGUGGCUUUCAAAGUAUGAGGAAGCUCAAUCUAUGGCUGAUUCAGCUGAGCUGAAAUUCAACCGUGAACGAGCUUCUCAUGUCUCUGACUUGGCUGAUGCCAAAAAGCGCGAAGAUGGUCUCAAGAAAGCUCUUGGCAUUGAGAAAGAAUGCGUUAAAAAUAUUGAGAAGACAUUGCAUGAGAUGCGUGCCGAAUAUGCAGAGGUGAAGGUGGCAGGUGAAAGCAAAUUUGUUGAGGCAAGGAGUAUGGUCGAAGAUGCUCUUAAGAAGUUGACUGAGGCUGAGGAAAAAACACGUGCAGCGGAGUCUUUAGAAGCAGAAGCCAGCCGAUAUCACCGUACGGCUGAAAGAAAGUUGCAUGAAGUUGAAGAACGUGAAGAUGACUUAAGAAGACGAAUUAUGUCAUCUAAAGCGGAUUUUGAAGCUAAAGAGAAAGAGAUUCAACUGGAGAGACAAUCAUUAUCGGAAAGGCAAAAAGUCUUACAGCAUACCCAAGAAACCAUAUUGGAUGGGCAAGCUCUGCUUAACAGCAGGGAAGAGCAUAUUUUUAAUAGAAAUCAAGAGUUGAAGAGAUUUGAGAAGGAGUUAGAGGAUUUAAAGAUCAGCAUUGAUAAAGAACGUAUCGCCCUGAACGAAGAAAAACUAGUUCUGGAGCUGAAAGCAAGUUCUUUGUCAGUGAGAGAGGAGGCUGUUAUAAAAAGGGAAUGUGAUCUCUUCAAGAAGGAGGAACAGGCACUUCUGCUUCAAGCUAAAGUUACAAGCAAAGAAUCUGAUAAUGCUCAACGAGUGAUUUCUAAUCACGAAGCAAUUUUGGCAAUGAAGAACUCUGCUUUCGAGGCAGAAGCGGAAAUGAAGCGCAAAUCUCUGGAAGAUGAAUUAGAUGCCAAGAGACGUGAUUGGGAGUUGAGAGAAUUAGACAUUAAGCAAAAGGAGGAUUUAAUCUUAGAAAGAGAACGUGACCUGAAUGUUGAGUCGGAACUUCUUAAAGAAAAAACGAAGGAAGUGGAAGAAGCAUCACGUUUUGUUAAAGAGAAAGAAAAGAACCUUUUGGCUGCAGAAGAAGAGUUGGAGGUGAAGAAAAAGUCUCUCGAACAAGAGAAAGAAGAGAUCCACCAGAAGAAGCUCGACCUUAAGAAAUUUUCCGACCUGUUGGAGGAGAAGAAAAAGCAUAUCAGUGAUGCAGAAGAGAAAAUGGAAGAAAUGAAGAGAGAAACAAAUGAAUUGUUGGCACUUGAAUUGAGACUUAAAGAAGAGAUUGAUAUUAUUAGUGCACAGAAGCAGGAACUUGAGGCUGAGGCAGAACGCUUGAAAGCAGAGAAGGCACAAUUCGAAGCUGAGUGGGAGUUAAUUGAUGAGAAAAGAGAGGAGCUGGAAAAAGAAGCAGGGCGUAUUGCCGAGGAGAGGUCAACCGUCUCUAAGUAUCUAAAGGAAGAGCGCGAGAGCUUGAAAGAGGAGAAGAAUGCUAUGAGGGAGCAAUAUAAACGUGAUCUCCAAUUACUUUCCCGUGAUCGAGAAACUUUCAUGACUGAAUUCGAGAGCGAACGCACUGAGUGGUUCAGUAGGAUUCAGAAGGAACGUGAAGAUUUCUUGCUUGAUAUCGAGACACGGAAAAAGGAGUUGGAUGACUGCAUGGAGAAGAGACGUGAAGAAGUGGAGAAUUAUCUCAGAGAAAGAGAGAACGAAUGGGAGGAAAGAAAAGAAAAGGAACUUCAGCAUAUGACUUCUCUCAAAGAGAGAGUUGAAAAGGAACUAGAAGGUUUGAAAUCUGAAAUGAAGAUACUUUAUUCUGAAAGAACAGAGAAGAUAAUUCUGGACCGUGAAAAGAGGGCCCACGAAUGCGCCGAGUUGAAUAUGUCGAUAGAGGAAUUGAAGGUGCAGAGAGAGAAACUGGAGAAACAAAGGGAGUCACUACGAGCUGACCGGGAGGAGAUUCUUUCUCAGAUCGAAACUUUGAGAAAAUUGGAGGAUCUAAAAGAUAGAUUGGAUUCCAUUACUGUGCAUGAGAUGCACCAAGCUAACAUGCGGUCAAACAAUUUGAAGUUGUCUGCUAAAAAAAUUGUGAAUCGAGAAAACGAAUUAGUUUCGGAUCAAAAUGGAAAUAUUAACAAUGGUUUUGGACAUAAUGCAAUUGGUACAGUAGAGUUGGACAAGUUGUCUUCUCCCCUCUCUGCUCCUUUCUCGUGGCUCAAACGAUGUGCUGAUACACUUCUUGAGCAAAGACAGAGUAACAAAAAAAGGAGGAGAGAAAAAGACGUGACAACGCAUGGAUCAGAAAAUUCUACCCCAAGCUCGACACAGAAGUACUCUAAUGCAUCGAAGAUUGAGCACACGGUUACACAAUUCAAUCAAACUCCAGAUGGUGGAGAGACCACUGUAUAUAUAGAUAAAAUCAUCACAAUUCAAGAAGUUACAACGGUUGAUGUUGAAAGAAUCACAGGGGACAAUGAGGAAGCUGAAUUCCAGCAUAAGGAUGAAAAACUGGAGAACAAUGGUGACGUGGAAUUAGAGAUCAAUGGAAAGCUGUGAAGGAUCAGAUGGAUGAACUUCUAAGCUGUCAGUUUUUCUCUUGAGUAGUUACGGAAAAAGUAAUGCGUAGUGGUGGUUUUGGUGAGCAUGUAGGAUAAUAGUGCUUUAUAUAGGUUGUGGAGUGAGUAUUUCUUUUUCUUUUUUUCUCGUAGGUCGAAAUGUAUAAAUGAACCGGGCUAACAUAUACAAGUUAUUAGUAAGAUGCGUUGAUAUAACGGCGAUGAGUGUGGUGUAGAUGUAUGGAUUAGCAGUAGUACUUGUGUGAUGGUCGAUGGUGGAUUUCCCGUUUUCUCGUAUUAUAUUGUGUAUUUUGAGCGAGUAUUUGUUGGUUUGUUAACGUAAUGAUUAAAUUCGGCAUACAUGUUUUUACUUCAUUAAGGUAGUUGUUUGAGCUC